AGCGCGGUUAAAGUUAGGGUCAGUAAAGCGGGCGGUUUAGUCUCUAAUCUCUGUGUUUAAUCGUCAGAGUCUCUUCUCCAUGGAGGCGACUGUCUCCAUAACUAAAAGCGAGUGUGCCGAGCUGUGUGCGGGCAUUGAGGGCGAGCCGUACAGCGUCUCAGUGCUGAAAGAAGGCUACUGCGCUGCCCAGCCUGACGGGACCUUCCGGGCGGACGGUACCAUCUCCUUAGUGAGGGGACCGAAGACUGUGUUAGUGGACACGGGCGGACCGUGGGACCGAGAGCUGCUGCUCUCAGAGCUGAAGGAGAGAGGCCUCAGCCCGGCCGAUGUGACUGUGGUGGUGGGCACUCACGGACACUCCGACCACAUCGGCAAUCUGAAUCUGUUCCCACGAGCUACUCUGAUCGUGGGCUGUGAUAUCAGCGAGGGGGACCGGUACCUUCCCAAUCAGCUCGCUGAGGGACAGCCGUACCGCUUAGACGAUCAUGUGUCGGUCAUCCCCACACCUGGUCACACGGGCAGAGACGUCAGCGUCCUGGUUAAAGGAACCUCAGUGGGGACGGUUCUGAUUGCUGGGGACUUGUUUGAGUGCUGCUCUGAUGAAGACUCCUGGAGGGAGCUGAGCGAGAACCCAGAGGUGCAGGAGGUCGGCCGACAGAAGGCUCUGAGGGAGGCCGACGUCAUCAUUCCUGGACAUGGACGUCUGUUCAGAGUGCACAGGACAUCACUGAACUGACCAGAGAGGACUUACCUGAGUCAUGAGUGUGGCUGAGAACCGAAAUUCACCCACUGAAUUAUUACAUCAGUACUGGAUGGCCAGUACCA